GUUAUAUAAAGGACCAUACACUGAGGCACAAAAGAAGUCUCCAGACAACAGGAGUCUCCAGAACACUGACCUAAAGAAGACACCAUAUUCAUUAGGAUGGUUCCCAGGAAGGUGACAGCAACACUUCUGCUUCUAUACAUGGUAGCCAUGUUGGCUAAACAGAGUGAAGGUUUCAUCUCUUUCUACGGCCAUGGAGACUUUGAAAGGAUGCAGGAAAGAGAGAGGAACCAAGGGCAAAAGGAAUCUCUGGUAUUGCAGAAGCGAUCAGACACACGAGGUUUUGCCAAGCUGUCAGAAGAUGAACAACAAGUCAUCAAGCUGAUUGCCCCUGUAGAAAUCGGAAUACAUCUGAACUCCAGACAGCUGGAAAAAUACCAAGAUGUCCUGGAGGAACUCCUAGCAGAGAUAUUGCCAGAUACUCAGAAUGCUAAUUGAUGUUCUCAGAAUCAGAAGAAAAAAGGGAAACACUUCCUGAAAAUUCACUUAGUGGAACAUCUAUCCAUAAGGCACUUGGAGAAAAAAAAUUCUUAUGUGAUAUUAAAGCAUGAAACUGAA